AAGUAUGGGAGGUCAGAAUAGGCCCAGUUCCUCCUGGGGAUGCAACUCAUAGGAAGAUCACCUUCCCCUGCUUAAUUAAAGCAUCACUUAGGGCUCCAAGUGAGCUCUGGUCAGAGGCUGCUUUGAAGACAGCUAGCAGGGGCCAUGACCACCCUCUCUCCUGAAAACAGCCUCUCUGCCAGGCAGUCGGCCUCCUUCAUCCUGGUGAAGAGAAAACCACCCAUUGACAAGACGGAAUGGGAUGGCUUCUUUGACGAGAACGGUCACUUGGCCAAGUCACGAGACUCCAUUUGUGUUAACAUCCUGGAAAGGGGUCUGCACCCCUUCGUGAGGACGGAAGCCUGGAAAUUCCUUACGGGCUACUACUCAUGGCAGAGUUCCCAGGAUGAGCGGCUUAUGGUGGACAGCACAAGGAGGAAGAACUACAAGGCCUUAUGCCAGAUGUACGAGAAGAUUCAGCCCCUUCUGGAAAACCUGCACCGGAACUUCAUAGAGACUCGGAAUAACAUCGCAUACGACAUCCAGAAACUCUAUGACAAAGACCCCCUGGGCAAUGUCCUUAUUGAUAAGAAGAGGCUGGAGAAGAUUCUGCUCCUGAGUUACGUCUGCAACACCCAGGCAGAGUACCAGCAGGGCUUCCAUGAGAUGGUGAUGCUUUUCCAGCUGAUGGUGGAACAUGACCAUGAGACCUUCUGGCUUUUCCAGUUCUUCCUGCAGAAAACGGAGCACAGCUGUGUCAUCAACAUUGGGGUGGGCAAGAACCUCGACAUGCUCAACAACGUGAUCAACUUCCUGGACCCCGUGUUUGCUGAGCACUUAAAAGGGAAGGGUGCGGGGGCCGUGCAGUCCCUCUUCCCCUGGUUCUGCCUCUACUUUCAACGUGCCUUCAAGUCCUUCGACGACGUCUGGAGGCUCUGGGAGGUCCUGCUGACGGGAAAGCCCUGCAGGAACUUCCAGGUGCUGGUGGCCUACAGCAUGCUGCAGAUGGUGCGCACGCAGGUGCUGCAGGAGAGCAUGACGGGCGACGACAUCCUCCUGGCGUGCAACAACCUCAUAGACCUUGAUGUUGCUGAGCUGGUCUCUGCUGCCUGCACAGCCUACGCGGAGCUCAUCCAAAAGGAUGUUCCUCAGCCAUUAAAGGAUUUCUUUCUCUGA